CAUCCGACCUCAGAAGCACGGUGUUGUCCCUUCGUGUAAGUCUGGACAAUGGGGGAGGCCGAUGUGACGCAGAACCAGUCCGACGAAAAACCGCCGGACACAGCCCUGGCACACGGCGAGGAGUCCGUUGUGUGGAGCCACGAGGUCGAGGUCUGCCUUUUCCACGCUAUGAUCGGACACAAGCCUGUCGGAGUAAACCGGCACUUCCACAUGAUCUGCAUCCGAGACAAGUUUAGUCAGAAUAUAGGCCGCCAGAUCUCUUCUUCAGUCAUUUGGGAUCAUCUGGGAAGCAUGUACGACAUGCAGGCACUGCACGAGUCUGAGAUCUUGCCCUUUCCCAACUCAGAGAAGAGUUUCUUUCUGCCUGAUUAUAUCAUCCAGGAAGUGAAGGAAGGCAAGGUGUUCUCAGAGGAGGAGCCAAAGGGGGACCCAGAACUGGAGCGAGAGCCGCCCGCUAUGUAUGAAGAAGGAAGUAACUCCUCUCUCAAGAUGUCAGAGCGGACGAGUAGCGGCCGUGACAAGGAGAAGGGUGGUGUCGAGGGGGUAACAGGAGGAGGAGCAGGAGCAGGUGGGGGUGGGAAGGAAGUAGAGAAGAGGAAGAGGAGUCGUGGCGCUGAGAAACUCCUGUCGACUUCCAACCCUGCAAGCCCCGGAGGAGCCAAGAGGAGACGCACAUGACCAUGCAACUGGUCCCAUGACAAAAAAAAAAAAAAAACAGCUGUCUCUCUUCAGGGCUUUUUUGCAACCGGAGGUCAACACCCAGUUGCUUGAAGUGUGAUCAGUUGACAUGAAGUUGAAGACCAGAAAGCUUCGAGCACAGGAAGUGGACAUUGUUUGCACCAGUACAUUAUUUUUGACGAUGUCCUGAUUUUCUCUAGCCAAAUUGUUGUGAGUAGCAUGCUAAAUAGCCUGCUAGUUGAGCUGUAGCAUUUGCUUCACGAUACUUUUUGUCGCAUUUUGAUUUAAGAAGAGAAUAUAUUCUACAACUCAUUUGCCUUUCAUUCAGUAGACAUAACACUAUUUUUCUAUUUGUAUACCAACCCAGUAUUCCCACUAAAAGCCAAAUUGUUUGACAGCUCUAAAGAUAUUCUGAAGGAACUAUCCUGGUUAUGGGGUAACUUGAAUCCUUUUUUGCAGUUAGACUGACAAUUGUAAUUUAAUAAACCAGUUCUAUGUCAACAA